AUGGAUACCUCAACAAUAAUGGAACCCGCUAUGAAUGAUGAUGUAGACUUGGAUCAAAUGAUUAAUGCAGCAGAAUCAUUAACUAAUGACCUAAGCAAAACCACGAAGAUAUCGAGAAAGAAAAAGAAAAAGAACAAGAAUCGUAGCAAAACGAAAAGUGUAGAUAACUCAAAACUUGAUUCUAUAAUGGUAGGAAUUGAAGAAUACUUACAAGACGAUGAAGAUGUCAAUAUCAAUAUUGGAGCUACAGAGGAGAUACAACCGCCAACAAAUUCCGGACUGGAUAAACAGAACAAAGUAGAGCUAGAAACAGAUGAAUUUAUUGAUGAGGUUGAUUAUACAAAUCUAGAUUCAAAGGCCGAUAAAAGUCCGAAUCCUGCUAGCAAAGGCCAUAAUGAACAGAUAACUUCUAACAGGGAAGCAGAAACACUAUGCAAAGAACCGCAAGGAGAGAUUAUUAAAGAUACAGGUGCUUCUGGUUCUUCUAUUCUAGAAGAACCUCAAAAGUAUGAAAUUAAUGAAUCUCAUCUUGAGAUGCAAGCUCACCGACAUGAAGAAGAGCAUCCAGAUGAUGUCUCUUUAGAAAACCCCGGUAACCAACCUGAUGAUACUAUACAAGAAAUACGACUUGAUAGCAUAAGCCCACCUACGACUAUAUUGAAUGAUGAAGAAUUCCUUGUAGCUACUGAAAACAGUGUGGCUGAAGAAGAGACCAAUAAUAGAGAAACGGAGAAGGUUAUGAUGGUUGCGAAACCACUGGAUAAAUCCAAUAAAAAAGUGAACAGGAAAUUAGAAACUUCUAAGCUACUGCCACCCAAAAAAGUGCGUGAUCUUACAAAAGAUAUAAAUGCGAGCGAAUAUGAAACUGCGAAGGAAUAUAUUUCAUCGAUGGAAACCGAUGGUGACGGAGAGGACUCGACUAUACAAGAUUCAAUAUCUCAUCAAGAAAUAGACGAAACGGAAAGGAACGACAAGUGCGAAGCCACUACGCCAACUCUUGCAAGUGAGCCAAUAUACAGUGAAAAAAAUCCAUCUAUAAGCAUGGGAGAUCCUUACGACUCUGCUGACGAGGAAAGAUCAGUGACUGAAGAACCCCCUAUAAGUCAGCAGGGCUCUUCUUUAGAAAGAAGUGACAAUAUGGAUGAAGACUUUAGCAGUGAGAAAGAGGAGGUAGACCACAGUGAAGAUGGGCAAGAAGAAACUUCUCGCUUGAACUAUCCAAUUGCGGAUGCACCUACACCAGUAGGUAUUGAUACAGAGCCUGUGUUAGAUAUUUCAAACUCAAAAGGUGCCACAGAUAACGGAAUUAAUUUAAACGAGGAGGAGGCACCUGAAACUGCAGAUGUUGCUGCAGCGUCUGCUAAAAAUGGCAGCGAUGUAGAAAAGCAGAUUACAACAGAAGAACUGCCUAGAGAUGCGAUUUCAGAAGAACCUGUGGAGGCCCCUAUGGCACCAGAUAAAUCAACAGAUAUGGAUUUGAAGAAGGAUAGGUCUGAAUCGGAGAGGAAUAGUGAGAAUGUACCUGAGAUUGAUGACAUUGAAAAACCAACGUCCAGUAAUAUACCGCAAAUCGGCGAACAAGAGGUCAAUGUCGAAGGUGAAAUUAAUGCCAAACCACUUUCGCCUGGUAUCACCCAGGUUUCCGACGAAGAUACCAGCACCAUUUCAUCAGAAGUACAAUCGAGCAAGGUAAUGCAAGACAUAACACAUGAUGCUUUAUCAGUAAAAUCACCUGAGAAAAAACCAUUUGGAGCAACUGACCAAACUACUGGUUCUGGUUUCACUACAGAAGCAUCAGGGAUGAAGGAUAAGGACGUAGAAAAGGGACCAACAUAUAAUGAAAAUUCUAAGCAAACGAAUGUGUUCUCAAUCAAUGGGUCAGGAACUGAAUUGGUCGAAGUCAUCAAUAUCGAAGAGUCUGAUGAGAAACCCGCCGAUGAAAAAAUUGAAGAACAACCUAAAGAUAUUGAAAAAGAAACAUCCAUUUCCGAUGCCAUUCAUGAAAUGAGCCAUGAUGACCCUGAGCUAGCGAAGGAACGGUCCUCCAAUGAAAAAUUGGCAUCUACCUCAGAGGAAGUCGAAGAAGGAGAACCAGAAACUGAUUCAAAAGUCGGUAGUGUUACAUCUGCCGAAACACCUGAGGAUUUCGCAUUGAAUAAAAAUGUGAAAACGAUUGCUUCUCUUCAGGAAGAGCCAUCUGAAGUUGGUGCUGCAGAUAUGGUUUCAGACAACGACUCAAAUGAGAUGAAACAAAUUGAAGAAAAAUCUGACAAAGAAGAGGGUUUAGAAAUACUAGAGCAUGAAGAACAAGAUAAUGAGUCAAGUUUAGCCUUAGAUAAUACGAACCAAGAGACAGAACAACAUUAUGAUGCUGCCAAAGACACCAUGGAUGAUAUCGAUGCCUUCUUAAAAGACCUUGAAUUUGAGGACGACUCUGAGCUAAAUGCAUUAUUGACUUCAUUGAAUGAAAAUGAUAAAACUAAGGAUAUAUCAAAAAAGCCAGUUAGUACUAAGUCCGAAGAAACAAUUAAAACAAGCGAUAUUAAGAAAAUAAAUAUGGCUGAACCUGUUUACAUUUUUACAUCUUUAGCAGGCGGGGGGUUCCACAUGAUACCAAGAACAAAUAGAUUAAGCACAAUUUUACAAGCAAACAGGGUCGACUUUACAUAUAGAGACUUAGGUACCGAUGAUGAAGCAAGGAAAGUCUGGAAAACGUAUGGAAGGGGUAGGAGUUUACCUAGUGUAGUUAGGGGACGUGAUAAUAUUAUCGGUAACUGGGAAGAGAUAGAAGAAAUAAAUGAAGAUUACAAACUACGCCAGGCAAUAUAUGAAGAGUUUUAG